UGUUUUGUUUUCUCCUAGCUUAGAGCAGGGGAAAUCCCGAGGAGGACCCUGAAGGAAUGCAGAGGACAUCAAGUAGACGGAGAGUUACUCCCACUCGAGGGAAAUUCCUUUUUCUUUGCGGGCUCUGGUUUCGGACGACCUCGCGAGUCGGGAAACCCCGAGACUACAGUUCCCAUGAGCCCUCGGGCACCGCGCGGCGCCUGCCGGCCCUGCUAAGGCGCAGACGGACUCCAUUUCCCAGCGCGCUUCAGGACGCCGGCGCUGCGUUUUUCCCGGAACGUCAGGAGUCCUGAUCCAGAGCUGGAAUUGCAGUAGCCGAGGCUAAGCGGCAGCGGAUGCUGAGUGGGCGGCUGGUCCCGCGCCUUGUCUCCAUGGCUGGCAGCGUCUGUUUGUCCCGGGCCAGCGCGGGAUCUGGAACCAUCGGUCCGGUAGAGGCCGCUAUUCGCGCCAAGUUGGAGCAGGCCCUGAGCCCCGAGGUGCUGGAGCUUCGCAACGAGAGUGGCGGCCAUGCGGUCCCACCCGGCAGCGAGACGCAUUUCCGAGUGGCGGUGGUGAGCUCUCGUUUUGAGGGUCUGAGCCCCUUGCAACGGCACAGGCUGGUACACGCGGCCCUGUCCGAAGAGCUGGCCGGUCCGGUCCAUGCGCUGGCCAUCCAGGCGCGGACCCCUGCCCAGUGGAGGGAGAACCCUCAGCUGGACACUAGCCCUCCCUGCCUGGGUGGGAACAAGAAAACUCGAGGAACCCCCUGAACCCAAGAGGGGGGGAGGCCAGGAUCGACUGGGCUGGGUGAGAAUGAACUACUGAAGCCUUCCCCUCAAUACAGUCCAGAAUUUGUAAGGGCUGAGGGUCCCUGGGCCCCAUUCUUGUGUGGUCUCUACGUAUUCUCUAGAAUAGCAACUAGUUUCAGGUCAAAUAUAAAUCAAGGAAAGAGCAGAGUCACUACUGUUCUUGCCCAGUUGUUCCAUGUUAUUAAUAAAUUGUGACAGGAACUGCAUCAGACCUGAUGAAUUGGAAAUAAUUCUGUACAUUAAAAGAGGAAUUAACAAUA